AUGGUGGGUGACCCCAGACUCCUUUCCAACCUCCACGACGUGCCGGCAGGGAUGAGGAUCAGGGCGGCGGAUGGCAACACGAUGCCCAUCACCAAGAUCGGCGACAUACAGAUGAUAACAGCAGACAUCAGAAACCCAGGUGUUUGCCUUGUGCCAGGACUCAAAUUAGACCUCAUAAGCGUCCAUCAGUUCAUGAGGAGCAGGAUCUGCACAUGGUUUGAAGGAGACCGGGCGAUGCUGUACGCGGGGACCGAGCUGGUCGGCAUCGCAGUCACUCCACAAGAGAAUUUUUAUGGUCUCUACAUACUGCAAUUCUUGAGCAUGCCAAAAAUUGCUGCUGCUUCAAGGUACAUCUUUCGAGGCGGCUCGCUAUCCAGCUGCCUCGACAACUGGCUCUAUAGAAACGCCUGGAGUUACCAACCGCCGCGGAAAAUGCUAUCAUGCUGGGUGACCCCAGACCGGAGUGUCCACAUGGUGGGUGACCCCAGACUCCUUUCCAACCUCCACGACGCGUCGGCAGGGAUGAGGAUCAGGGCUGCGGAUGGCAACACGAUGCCCAUCACCAAGAUCGGUGACAUAUAG